UAUUCUCCGAUAAUUUAUUUCCUUUAUGUAACACGGAAGAAAUAGAAAUCGAUCACAAUAUGUUCUUGCUCGUCCUAAUCGAUGCCGACACCUAUCGAGGAUAUUCGUCCUGCGUCUCAUUUCGAUGUACAAAAGCGCUGGGUGACGAAAUGUACCUAAAGUGUCCGGCGCCGGUCAAUGUCCACAACGAUGCCGAUCCAUUAAGCCUGAAUCCGAAGGAUAUCUUCGAGGAGAUUGGAUACCGGGCUUCUCAACAUUGGGUACCAGAAACGGACAAACCUUACAUAUGCUCGAACUGCGGCAAAGGAUACACUCACAUAUUCACCCUUAAUCGUCAUCGUAGAACAGUUUGCGGUAAAAGAAGGAAUAACGGGGGCAAAUGGAAGUGUACGCGUUGCAAAAGAUCCUACGCUACCAAAGGGAAUCUCGAUCGCCACAUCCAAUACGCGUGCGGUGUCAAAAGGAAAUUUUGCUGUUUCGUUUGCCACAGCAUGUUCACGCAACGUUGCAGUCUGAUCAGACAUUUAAAAACCUUCCACAACAGUAACAACGAUGAUUAAUUUCCCUAAGAGUAUCAACCGAUGAACAUGUGCCGUGCGGAAGCAAAAGAAAAGUCAGAAGAUUCGGGAGUAUGAAGACGCCCGUUUCGGAGACAAGCAUUAAAUUAUCGAUUACGUUUAGCAAUAUCAAAUAGUCAGUAGAUCAUCGUUUUUCUGACAGAAUAUUUUGCCAACUGAUUUUUUCAGACCGAUGGUCGGGUUCCUGAAUGUGAUACUUUCACGUCAAGGUAACCCUAAGAAAUCGCCGAAGAAAA